AAUGGUUAUUCUCUGACACCCUUCUUACCACUUUCUUUCGUUCCCUUGCCACUUGCUCCCACCUUCCUGUUACUUCCUCACACCCUUCUGCCAUUUUCUCUGUCAUUUCUCCUGCCACUGCCACCUGCACUGGUGCCCGCGCUCCAGCCACUACCGCUCCCCUUGCUGCCACUACAUCCCACGCUCCAGCCACUGCCGCUCGCUCUGCUGCCACUGCACUCCACGCUCCAGCCAUUGCCACUCGCCCUGCUGCCACCGCACCCCACGCUCCAGCCACUACCGCUUGCCCUGCUGCCACUGCAUCCCACGCUCCAGUCACUGCCGCUCGCCCUGCUGCCACUGCACCCCAUGCUCCAGGCUCUGCCGCUCGCCCUGCUACCACUGCACCCCACGCUCCAGCCACUGCCGCUCGCCCUGCUGCCACUGCAGGGCGAGUGGCAAUGGCUGGAGCGUGGAGUGCAGUGGCAGCAGAGCGAGCGGCAGUGGCUGGAGCGUGGGAUGUAGUGGCAGCAAGGCGAGCGGUAGUGGCUGGAGCGCGGGCACCAGUGCAGGUGGCAGUGGCAGGAGGAAUGACAGAGAAAAUGGCAGGAGGGUGUGAGGAAGUAACAGGAAGGUGGGAGCAAGUGGCUAGGGGACGAGAAAAAGUGAUUCUCAACCAAUCAGGAGCCGACAGCUCGCUCCACUUCGCAGCUGCUGUUUCCCUCGGGACCAUCGCAGCGCGCCAGGUGGCGCUCUCCCAUUCGUCAACCACAGAAGGCACCAGCACCAGCGGCAGCACCAGUGGCAAGAGUGCUGACUCAGCAUCUGCUGCAGCAGCGACAGCUGUGCGAACGCUCUGCGCUGUGAUUGGUCGCACUGGGGGAGGCAGAGGGGGGAAGGGGGGAGGGGGAGGGGAGCUUGGGGGGAUAGGGGAAAUGGGGGGUAUGGAAUCGGAGAGGGGUGAGUGGGAUGUAGGUGUGGGGGAAGAUGAGGGAGAGGAGUGGGGUUUGGGGGGAGCUUUGUUAGGCAUUGCUAUUCUCACCUCCUCCCUCACCUCCUCUUCCUCCUCCUCUUCCUCUUCCUCCUCCUCUUCCUCUUCUUCCUCCACUUCCUCCUCACACCUCUCCCUCCUUCACUCCUUCGCCUCACUUCUCUUCCAGUGGACUCAAGCCUUUGCUCACUCGCUCACAUUGAACCAGAAUGUACCUUCCCCAGGCAAACCUUCCUCAGUUGUACCUCCCCCACUAGUGGACGGCUGGGGUGACCCCAUCGCCCCACCCACCCCGCCAUCCCCCUUGGACUCUCCCUCGGCCAGCCACGUGCCGCCACCUGUCCUCGCAGCAGCAGCUGCACUGGCACUGCCCUUGAUCGCAGAGUAUUCCCUCUCUCUGCUAUCCCUGCCGCAGCUGCCGCUGCCAGAGCUACCAGCAGGGUCGGUGAUGGAUGAAGAGGCGUUGCUGCUGAUGCACGCGCAGCACCAGCAGCAAUACCAGCAGUUCCAGCAGCAUCUAGAUGCUUAUACUGGAGCAGCCAACACCACACCAGCAACAGCAGGAGGAGACGCAGGGGUAGCAUCUAGAGGCCCUCCCCCGGUGUUCCUCUCUGCAGUGUCGCUCUCUCUAGCUGCCAUGGUGCAUUCCUCGCUGUGCUCUGACGUUGCCUUGCCUCUUGGAGCUAUCACUGACGUCCUCUCUCCCCUGCUCGCUGCUAUCAAAGGGGAGAAGGGAACCGGCUCUGCUGCUUCUCCUGCCACUGCUUCUGCUGGUUUUAAAGCUGCUUCUGCUGUUGAACCUGCUGCUUCUGCCGCUGCUGGUUUUUCGGAGGAGGAGUCGGAGGAGGAGGAGGAGGAGGAGGAGGAGGAGGAGGAGGAGGAGGAGGAGGAGGAGGAGGAGGAGGAGGAGGAGGAGGAGGAAGAGGGUGUGGUGCGGCUGCUGGCCUCUUGGCUGUUGGAGGGAAGUCUGCACGUGGGGGCAGGAGUGGGUAGCCUGUGGGUGAGGGCUCUGAGGGAUACUGCCAGCGUGCCAGCUGUCGCAUCCUCAUUGGCCCUCCUCUCCAACGCCCCGCGAAUCCCCUCUUUAGACUGGGCCUCCAUCCUCCACCGCUUCCUCCGCAGAGCCUCCUCCGGGACUAUUCCCGCCUCCCAUGCUGCCCUGCUGCUCCUCCCUCCCUCCGCUGCUGCUUCAGCAGCGGCAGCAGGGCCACUGGGAGGAGGGUCUGUAGAGGCAUCAGUAGCAGGAGGGAUUUCAGCAGCAGCAGGAGCAACGGCAGAUGCAGACAAUCUACGCUGUGCGUGCCUCCACUUCGCCGCCCACCGCGGGAUCAUCCCCUUCCUCGAUGACCUCACCGCUGACGUCAGCAGGCUCGUCCAGCUGGCGCCGGCGGUGCAGCGAGCGCUGCUGUCGCGACACCUGGCGGCCGUGGUGCGGCUGUUCUCCCAGGAAAGAUCCCGGAAGCUUCUGAGGGAUGUGAUGGGGCUGGUGAGAACGUACAUGGCUGCUGCUUCUGGUGCCACUGCUGCCUCCGCCGCUGCUGCUAGCACUGCUCGUACCGCCGCUGCUGGUGCUGCUGCAGCUGGUGGUGGUGGUGGUGGUGCUGCUGCUGCUGCUGCUGCUGCUGCUGCUGCUGCUGCUGCUGCUGCUGCUGAUGAUGAUGAUGGAUCAGGCGUAGGAUCAGAGGAAGGUAAAGAAGAGGCCACUUCAGAGUGGUUCCGGAAAAAGCCCACGCCAGCAGCAGCCGCACCUGCUUUAGCAUCACCAGCAGCCAGCGCAAAAGCAAAAGAAGCGGCGGCAGCAGUGGGUGCAGGGGAGGCUGCAGCAGCAGCUGCUGCUGUGAGGGUCUGGGCUUGGAUGGGACUACGGGACAUUCUAUCCAUUUCUUGCUCUCGAGAUAGACCAGAGAAGGCAGCGGAAGAAACACAGGCCUCAGCGGGACAUUCUAGGGCUGAUGCGUCUGUUUCAUGGAGGCGUGAUGCUGCUGGUGCUGCUGCUGGUGCUGGUGCUGGUGCAAGUGCCGCUGCUGAUGCUGAUGCAUCUGUAUCAUGGAGGCGAGAUGCUGAUGGUGCUGCUGCUGGUGCUGCUGCUGGUGCUGCUGCUGAUGCUGCUGGUAGUGGUGGUGGUGGCAGAAGUGGUGGUGGUGGGGAUGCAUAUUCCAGUAACAGCAUUGGGGUGCAGUUUGGGGGUGGGAUGGUGGAGGCAAUGGCAUGGGCGUGUGUGGUGCGGGCGAGCGGCCAAUGGGAGGGCGACAGCUGGCCGCUGGACGAGAGUCCCGAGUGGCGGGCGGCGGUGGACUGUCUUGGAGUGAUGCGGAGAGAAGACGUGCUGGGGAUGCUCAAGAUUCCCACACCAUCAGCAGGCGAAGCAGCAGCAUCAGCAUCAGCAGCAGCAGCAGCAUCACCUGCACCUUUCACCUCCCCCAGUAGCCACCUCCCCCGCCUCGCCUUCUCCCCAGCAGCAGUCCGUGCAGUCGCCAUGCGCCUGCACCUCCUGCGAAUCAACCCGCGCCACCUGUCCCUUGCUGACGUGGCGCCGUGCCGCGUGUUUCUCUGCGAGCACCCACUGCCAGCAGCCUACACGUGGCUACUGGUGGAGCUAGCCAGUGCAGUGGCAGCAGCAGCACCCACUCCCUACGUAUGUGUGUUUCUUCACCCCCCUUCUUCCCCCCCGUUUUUGCUUUUCCCCCUUUCACCAGCAACCUACACGUGGCUACUGGUGGAGCUAGCCAGUGCAGUGGCAGCAGCACUCCUCUCCUCAUCUAUGGGCUUAUCUGACCGCUCCACUUGCUUUCUCCCCCUUCCUCACAGCAACCUACACGUGGCUACUGGUGGAGCUAGCCAGUGCCGUGGCAGCAGCACCGGAGGAGCAUCGCCUGCCGUUCCUCCUCGACACGCUCGACUCCAUCCAAGUCGCUCGCCACCCGUGGACGGCCCUGCAGCUCUUCUCCCUCAUGCUCGCACGUCUCUCCCCCGACCGCCUCCUCCUCCCCACCAGCCCCACAGCUGCAGUCUUCCUCCUGCCGCACACCCUCCCUCCUCUCCUCUCCCAGCGCGGCUUAGCAGGCUCUGUGGGAGCCAUAGUCUCGCGCUUCCAGUCGCUGCUGUCGUG